UCCUCGCCGCUGCCUUCGCUCGGCAGGGGCCUGAGGGAGCAGCCUUGAUUUUUGUGAAUGAAACGCUCGCUGGAUGUGUCUCGGUCGCCCCGGUUUUUUUUGGCUGUUUCUGCUUGCAUCUCCCUUUCGGCCUCUCUCUGGCCAUCUCUGGUGCUCUCCCUGCCCAUCUCCCGUUGCUGGGUGACUCAGUACAUGGUUCGGGUCCGAGCUGUGGUGAUGGCCCGAGAUGACUCCAGUGGGGGCUGGCUGCCCGUGGGGGGCGGGGGCCUCAGCCAGAGGCAGUUGGUCUGGAGGUGUCCAAUGGGGUUCACAAUCCUGUAUGCGGUGCCGCAGGAAGAAUCUGGGCUCUGGGCUCCCCCCCCCUCCUGCCUUCCUCAGAUCACCUUGGAGUGUACCCUGAGGCCAGGCUUGGUUUACAACAAAGUGAACCCCAUCUUUCAUCACUGGAGCCUGGGUGACUGCAAGUUUGGGCUGACGUUUCAGAGUCCGGGGGAAGCAGAUGAGUUCCAGAAAAGCCUGCUGGCUGCCCUGGCCGCGCUGGGCCGAGGCUCGCUCACCCCUUCCUCCUCCUCCUCCUCCUCCUCUUCCUCCUCCCCUUCCCAGGACACAGCAGAGACACCCUGUCCUCUGACGUCCCACGUGGACAGCGACUCCUCCUCCAGUCACAGUCGCCAGGAGACGCCUCCCAUCGCAGGGGCAGCGACCCCCAUCCUCACCGUGGAGUCAGCCGCCGGCUUCGGGCCCGCCUCGUCCCCGCAGCGCCGCCGCUCCUCGGCGCAGAGCUUCCCUCCGCUCCUGCCGUUCACGGGGAUCCUGGAGGCCUCAGAGGCCCUGGCCGGGCCCGGGGGCCCUGGCUGGGGUGGCCGCGGCUAUGAGGAUUAUCGGCGCACCGGGCCACCCCCGCCCCUCGCCCUGUCCACCUGCGUCGUGCGCUUCGCCAAGACGGGCACCUUGCGGGGCGCCGCGCUGGGGCCCCCGGCGGCCCUCCCCGCCCCUCUCGCCGCCGAGGCCGUGCCCCCGGCGCCCCCCACGCGCCCGCCCCCGGGCCCGGGCCCCGCCCCCGCCCCCGCCAAGGCCUCCCCGGAGGCGGAGGAGGCGGCGCGCUGCGUGCACUGCCGCGCGCUCUUUCGCCGCCGAGCAGACGGCCGGGGCGGCCGCUGCGCCGAGGCCCCGGACCCGGGCCAGCUGCUGGUGCGCCGGCUCAGCUGCCUGUGGUGCGCCGAGAGUUUGCUCUACCACUGCCUGUCGGACGCCGAGGGCGACUUCUCGGACCCUUGCGCCUGCGAGCCGGGCCACCCGCGGCCGGCGGCGCGCUGGGCCGCGCUGGCCGCGCUCUCGCUGGCCGUGCCCUGCCUGUGCUGCUACGCGCCCCUGCGUGCCUGCCACUGGGUCGCGGCGCGCUGCGGCUGCGCGGGCUGCGGGGGCCGCCACGAGGAGGCUGCGCGGUGAGGACAGCCGCUGGGCCCGGGAGCCGUCCCGAGGGCCCACGAUGCAGGGUCCAGGACCCCGGACUCCCUUCGGACCCCAAACCCCAAUCUAGGCACACCGGAACUUGGAGCUUGAGUUUGGACGGAGAAAUCCCAAACCUGGACCCCUGGACCCCCUUCCCCCAUUUGGGACUGAAACACCCCCCCUACUCCCACGACCCACUUCAGUGGGGUGUCAGCCCAGAAGGACCCAGGCACCUUGAGUUCUGGCAUCCUUUUCCCUUGCACACUCCCCUCCCACUUCUGCACCCCACGACCUAGACUGAGGAGACUCCAGGCACCCUCCCCCCCCAGACUCCACAGCUCUAGGCAGGCCAGGGGAGCACUUGAGUCCCUGAGGAAUGCUGGGUCCUGCACCCUGGCUUCCCUGCCUGGCGGCAUUGAUGGGUUCCAUACCUGAUCCUUCAGGCCAAGAAUUUCAUGGGGCCCAGCACAUCCCCCCAAAGGCUCCUGAAUACUCACUUAAAUAUUCAUCUAAAACCUGGGGCACCCAUAUUUUAUGGCUGAGCUGUUUCUGUGACUCCAAGAGCCCCAAAUGGCAAACACAAGAAUUCCCCUGUCCUUGCGAUCUGUUCAGACACGUGUUUGGGAGACCCCCUCAGAGCCCUGCUCCUCCAGUCCAGAUGUCAGGCUUCUUGAAACUUGGGGAUCUAGGGUUCAAGAGAUUUGGGCCCUAAACAGGACUCCGAAGAGCCUAGGCCCCCAGAUACAGUAUGAAGGCCACCAACACCUCAGGGCCCAAGAUCCUGGUCCUAAGAUCUCAGACCCCUCUCUUCCAGUCUCUUUAGAUUUCAGCCACAGAAUAUUUGGAAUCUUGACUUCUUCAUAGUCACAGAUCUCCAACCCCAGUUCCCAGUUAUUCAUGGCAGUCUCAACCUCUGUCUCCUGUGACUACAGCCCCUAAAUGACACCAGGGUGCUUUUGGAGUAUUGCCUCCAAGAUCCCAAGGUGCCAUGGGCCAUCCAGAUUCAGGGGCUCAAGCCAACACAACACUGGAUCUAUCCCCACUUGAAGGCUUUGAUCCCCUCAUCCUCGAGAGAGAUGGGAUGCCAGGAGCAGCCCAACUUUAAGCCCAGAUUUCUUUAAUUGCCACCCCUUCUAGCCUAAUCUCCCUCAUGCCCAGCUUAUGCCUCCCCUGAGCCGUGCAACCCUCAAGAUUUGGGAAUUCUCUUCCCCAAAGGCACCAGCCCCAGGCUUCCCUUUCCACUAGAGGGGGCAGGGGGGGUUUCCCCUUUUGAGCUGUUUGUGAAGGCUCUCCCACUCCCAGCUCCAGAGUCCAGCAUUGCUGAGAUGUCUGUACAGGCUGUUGGUGGAGCAGAGGUGCCCAGCUGAGGAUGGGGAGUGGGGUUGGAAUUCACACCCCAUUCUGCAGCCCAGGAUGGACACCCUGGGCUUCUUUGGGGCUAGCUCUGUUGGCACAUGCACACUCAUUGCACACAGUCUCAUGCGCCCAUUCCCACCCCUGCAGUCUUCACUAACUCCUUCCCUUCCACUUCAGACCGGGGCCUACUUUGGGAAGUUUCUAGGCCUGUCUCAUGACCCUUUGAAGCCCCUCUACUAGGCAAGGGGAUGCCUUGAAUAGAAUGAAACUCACCUGGGUACCUCAGGUUGGAAGGCCUGUAUGAGAGGGCAGCGGGGUUCAAGGUCUUGGAACUAGAGGAUCUUCAUGUCACAUGGUCUUGAGAUCCACAUCUGGACCACUGCACCUCCCUUUAUUCAUUGUCCAGGCUCGGGUAGCCCUGUGGGGGUGAUGGGGUCGAGGGGCCCAGGGACAUAUCUUUCUGUCACUUCUUUUCAAUGAACUUAUUUAUUACAUCCGGAACCUGUGAGAUUCAGCUCUCCCCACCUGACCCCGGGAUGGGGGUGUCCCUCCCUGCUCCUACUUUGCCCAGCUCUCAUCAGUGUCGGACACAGCAGAGCUGAGGGUGGAGGGAUUGGGGGGGCGGGGCGGGAGCUGGGAAGCCUGGACACCCCCCACCCCUGCUCUGUGCCUCGGUCUCCUCCCUCCUGUGGUUGGCAGGAGCAGCUCCAUUCUUAACCUACCUCGUUUUGGGGAGGGGGUAUGGGGACCCGAGUGCUCUCAGGUGCUGUGGACCCCACCUCUCCUGAGGUCCCCCAGGCCUGUUCCCUGCUGAUACCCACCUCAGAUCCAUGAUUACUCUUCAUCACCCCCAAGUCAGGGGUGCAUGGAGGGCCAACUCUGGGGGAGCCAGGAAGACUUCAAGUCCCCUGGAGCCCCAAAGCCCAGUUUCCAGUGGCUUGCCCCUUGGAUCAGAUGCUUGACCCCCAGACUUAGGGGGAGGCACCCUGACAUUUAUCUUCCUGAUCUUGAUUCCGUCAGUCUGUGACCUCAGUAUGGUGGCUUGUGCAGGCGGAAGUAAGGGGGAGGGUCAGAGGCCUGGCUGGGUCCUGUCAUUGGGGUCGCGGUAGGGGGGCUUGAGAGAUCCACUCCAAGAAAUGUUUGUGACCAA